CUCUAUUAUCACAAAUGUCAUCGAGUAACAAUGGAAAAAGACCUUUAGAAGACAAUGAUAGUCUCACCGGCAAAGAGAAAAGAAGAGCCAAGAAUCGCGAUGCCAGACAAAUAGGUCCCAAUAAGUGGAAUGGUUUUCGAAAAACUAAUGAUGACGGACCCCUUUUGAUCGGUUCACCAAUCAAUGAAAAGCAACUAGCAUCGGCUCAUAUCAAUGAAAUAAAUUCACUUCAAUCAUCAAUUCGAAAAGCAAGCUUUGCCAUCACCACAUUGGCAUUUCAGUCUCUUCCUCGAGGCCUUAGACGACGUGCAGCUAGUCACAACAUCAACCGACUGCCUCUUCGAUUGAGAGUAAAAGCAACUCAAGAAAUGGCUUUGAGUGCACCAAAUCCAACCAAAAUGAGACGUAGAAUGCGAAAACCAAGACCAAAAUCACUAGUUGAAGAAUACUUGAGACGACAAGGCAAUAAGAAAUGGUUAGAAACACAUAUGUGGCACACAAAGCGGAUGAAGAUGACUGAUAUUUGGGGAUAUCGUCUGGCAUUGUACCCUAAUAUCAAAUCAGAAAGAACAGCCUAUAAAGCAUCAAAACAUUUGUCUAUGCUCCACGACGCUUCUUACAUGGGUUGCAUUGAAAUGUCUGGUCUAAUGAGUGAUAUUGUGAGAGUCCUGAACAGCAUAACAGAUUCUGGUCUUGCCUCUGUAGGAAGUGCCCGUUACACCAAAGGGCAGCGUAUAGGACACACAAACAUAUACAAACACCUCGGAUACCCAACAAAACUCGUUUGUCCUGUUACAUUUCUCUGGAGACCUACUCAGGCAGAAAGCGAUGAUGCCACAAUCUGGUUGUGGGUCCAUCCCUCUGUGUUUGACGAGGUCUAUACUUCCAUUCGACAUGUAGUACAGACUUACCAAUCAGGAUUAAUGCAAGAGUUACAGGUAGUAGAUCAAAGAGGUGAUCUUGUUAGAUUUGAUCUUUUCGGGCCACGGUCUACUGCUUUAUUACAAUCCAUUCUCGAUCCUGUUUGUGAAGCAUCCCCAUUAACUGAAGAGCGUGAGCAAAAAAGUGCCCAGUUGUGGAGAGAUAUUUCCCAAUUGCGUUCAUCUUCGUCACUUCCUCCGGGAUGUGUGCUUGGAAUGACAGUACAAGACCCUCGCAUAAAAUUCCCCCAAAAAGUUCCUCCGCGCACAAGCCAGAUUCCUAAAGAAACAGACUUACGAAUCGAUCAAAUUGUCAGACAAUGGCCUACCGAUGUUGCUUACUCUGACAUAUGGGAUAAGCAGCUUAGAAGAGAUAUUCAAAAAAACAAGAUAAAGGAUAAUGACCUGAAUAAACGUCGAGAAGAUCAGAAAUCCAAUGGCGUUAAAUUUGAAUUCACAGAAAAAGAUAGCAAGAUUCCAAUUUUACUCAUCCAAAGAGGAGGUGCAGAAUUUUCCGGAGGCACAAGCACAGGAAAAAACUCUGCAAACCUUAUAGAGGUUACCGAAGGAUGGUCUAUUAUCUUACCGCGUAGCUGGGGUGUUGCGUUUUGGAAAUCAUUUGUAUUUGCAGGCGCAAGAACCUGUGGUCUCCACAACGUCCGUGCUAUGCAUUUCGAAAGUGGACACGGUGUAUUUCCUUUUGAUGUACCGGGUACUUUGGCAUACGAGGCACAGAGCAUUGCUUCCAAAAAUACAGAAAGAUCAAUCUGGGCAAAGAAACCUCCCUCGAAGCGCGUCAAUUUUGAAAAACUUGGUGUGAGUCAUCCAUUCGAAGCUCCUUUUGAGUGGCUGGUCAACAAUGGAAAGACAGACAACUCCAAAAAUAAAAUAUUGGAUGUAGAUAAAGUUAAAGAUGAGAACACGAACGAGAAUGAACAUCAAAUCCAAAAGACUCAAGACCCAAAGUGCUGGUUAUUACAGGGCGAUCGACUCAUUUCACUACUUUUGUCUUGUCGUACCCAAGAAGAAGCAACCCAGAAAUUGCUGAAGGAGAUGUCAACGCAGAUGUCCAAACGAGAUCUUCCUUGUCCACUCUCCCUUGAUUUAGAUCAUGCUCUUGUAAAAGUUCGUGUCAAGUACACUGGCCGGAGGAAACCACACCCAAACGCAAUGAUUUUCCUGAUCGAAGAUCAAAAAGAAUAUGAAAAACACGCUCAAAAGUGUAAGGAACCCAACUCUACCAAUAAAUCAAAGGUCGGUCAUCAAGACGCAAACACAAACGCAAAUGAAGAUGCAGACUCGGAUGAAGAAAUGGAUACCUCUGAUCAUCCAAACCAGCACAUUGGCUACCUAACUAAUGGAGGCUUUUCACUUUCUGUUGGAGGUGGACUUGGUAUUGGAGCAUGCACUGCCCUGGGUAUUCAAGAAAUUAGAAACCUAGACAAUAGAUACAACAGAAAAACAAAGAUGCUUGUAUUGGUUCGCAAUACCAAUACUUCUAACUUCCAACCAGCACAGUUGCAGCUACUAGCUUAAUUCUUUUUUUUAAAAUAAUAAUAAUAA